CGCGCUCGUGAGCGUGUGUGUGUAUAGGCGAGGAACGAAGACCCGAGCGCAACAGGCACGCUGUCCACACAAUAACAUGUCCGUCCUACCUCUGAAAGGGAGGUGUCCGGCUCCGCGUCCUACGUCGCGCUGAUCGCCGCUCCCGCUCGGGAAAUGGCUAAGGAGCGCUGAUCUGCCGCGUUCUCGUCGGCAUCAGACAGGCGCGUCUCAUUUCCAGGAUCCUCUGCUCUUUUUUCUCCGCAGUGCACGGCGGACGAUGACACGAUGACGGGCGGACAGGACGAGAGCUCGGUGCGCGUGGCCGUGCGGAUCCGGCCCCAACUGGCACGGGAGAAGAUUGAGGGCUGCCACAUCUGCACCUUCGUGACACCUGGCGAGCCCCAGGUGGUCCUGGGUAAAGACAAGGCCUUCACCUAUGACUAUGUGCUCGACAUGGAUACGCAGCAGGACAGACUGUACGCCAGCUGCACGGAGAAGCUGAUCGAAGGCUGCUUUGAAGGGUAUAACGCCACAGUCCUCGCCUACGGACAGACAGGCUCAGGGAAGACCUACACCAUGGGCACAGGGUUUGACGUGAGCGUUACCGACGAGGAGUUCGGCAUCAUCCCCCGCGCCAUCGCCCAUCUCUUCAGGGGCAUUGAGGAGCGCCAGAAGGCCGCCGUUGAGCAGGGGCUCCCCAUCCCCGAGUUUAAGAUCAAUGCCCAGUUCUUGGAGCUCUACAACGAGGAAGUUCUGGACCUCUUUGACACGACACGUGACACUGAGGCCAGGAAGCAAAAGUCCAACAUUAAGAUCCACGAGGACGGCAGCGGGGGAAUCUACACAGUGGGCGUUACCACUCGGACCGUAACUUCCGAGGCCGAGCUAUUGCAGUGUCUGAAACUGGGAGCGCUGUCUCGCACCACGGCCAGCACCCAGAUGAAUGUGCAGAGCUCUCGAUCCCAUGCCAUCUUCACCAUCCACCUGUGCCAAGUGCGCGUCUGUUCCCCCGACCACGACGACAAGGUAGACAACAGCAUGAUGGGAGCCGCCUCAGAGUUUGAGACCCUCACAGCCAAGUUUCACUUUGUGGACCUGGCUGGGUCCGAGAGGCUGAAAAGAACUGGGGCGACGGGGGACCGAGCCAAAGAGGGCAUCUCCAUCAACUGCGGGCUGCUGGCCUUAGGGAACGUUAUCAGCGCACUGGGAGACAGAAACAAACGAUCAUCUCACGUGCCGUACCGUGACUCCAAGCUCACUCGCCUCCUGCAGGACUCGCUCGGUGGAAACAGUCAAACGGUGAUGAUCGCAUGCAUCAGCCCAUCGGAUCGGGACUUCAUGGAGACACUGAACACACUAAAAUAUGCUAACCGGGCGCGGAACAUCAAGAACCGGGUUGUGGUGAAUCAGGACAAGGCCAGCCAGCAGAUCAGUGCCCUGCGAACUGAGAUCGCCCGGCUGCAGAUGGAGCUCAUGGAGUACAAGACGGGCAAGCGACUGGUGGGUGAGGAUGGUGCGGAGAGCAUCAGCGACAUGUUCCACGAGAACUCCAUGCUGCAGAUGGAGAACAAUAACCUGCGUGUUCGCGUCAAGGCCAUGCAGGAGACCAUCGAUGCGCAGAAAGCCCGGAUCACGCAGCUGCUGACCGACCAGGCCAACCAGGCACUCGCUAGGGCAGGCGAGGGAAAUGAAGAAAUUGGAAACAUGAUCCAGAACUAUAUCAAAGAGAUUGAAGACCUCAGGGCAAAGCUGCUGGAGAGCGAGGCCGUGAAUGAGCAUCAGAGAAGGAGCCUGUCCCGGGCUGCUGUGCGCUCGUCCUUCUACAGCGGGAGCCCUGGCUCCUUCCCUCCAUCCGUCUUCGCACCUGAGAAGGAGGCUUCUGAAAUCAUUGAGAUUGCCAAGAAGAACCUCGAGAAACUGAAGAAGAAGAAGCGACGGAAGGCAAAAAAUGUGAUUAAGGAAGAAUUUCCUGACAAUGAGCAGGGCAAGGGGAUGGAACGAGACCAGUGUGACCGGACCAGCGAGGAGACAGAGAUGGAGACAAAUGGAGGAAGCGACCAUGAGGAUGAUGAGGAAGAAGAUGAAGAGGAAUGCAUGGAUGCAGAGGAGAGCUCUGACGACUCUGACUCUGAGCUGGAUGAAAAAGAGGACUUCCAGGCAGACCUGGCCAACAUCACUUGUGAAAUUGCCAUCAAGCAGAAGCUGAUCGAUGAGCUGGAGAACAGCCAACGGCGCCUGCACACGCUCAAGCAGCAGUACGAGCAGAAGCUGACGGUGCUACAGAGCAAGAUCCGCGACACUCAGCUGGAGAGGGACCGUGUGCUGCACAGCAUGGGUUCAGUGGAAACCUUCUCUGAGGAGAAAGCCAAGAAGAUAAAGGCUGAGUACGAGAAGAAGCUGAGUAUGAUGAACAAGGAGAUGCAGAAGCUCCAGUCUGCUCAGAAGGAGCAUGCCAGGCUGCUGAAGAACCAGUCACAGUAUGAGAAACAGCUGAAGAAGUUGCAGCAGGAUGUGAUGGAGAUGAAGAAGACCAAGGUACGUCUGAUGAAGGAAAUGAAGGAGCAACAGGAGAAGAACCGCAUGACGGAGACAAAACGUACCCGUGAAAUUGCUGCUCUGAAGAAGGAUCACCGUAGACAGGAGCAUCAGCUGAGACUUCUUGAGGCACAGAGGAGACAACAGGAGCUGAUUCUCCGCAGGAAAACUGAGGAGGUGACCGCUUUACGGCGCCAGGUGAGACCCACGUCAGGGAAGGUGAACCGCAAGGUUAGUUUGCCUGAGCCAUUGCAAGAUCCCUCUCAAAGAGCACCCUCGGGUCGGGUGCUACCGCCCUUGGGAGCUGCUUCGCCCAACGUGACCAGGAGGUUUGAAAGGAGCGUGGCAGCCAUGUCCUCCUCCAGAAGUGUCCGAGCAAAAUGGCAGUCUCUGGAGCGCCGCAUCAGUGACAUCAUCAUGCAGAGGAUGACCAUCUCCAACAUGGAAGCUGACAUGAACCGGCUGCUGAAGCAACGGGAGGACCUGACUAAACAGCGGGAGAAGCUUUCCAAGAAAAGACACAAAAUCACUGCUGAGAGCCCCGAACAGGACAGGACCAUUACGUCCCUGAAUGAAGAAAUGGAGUCGCUGAUGGCUAACAUUGAAUACAUCAAUGAUAGCAUUGCUGACUGCCAGGCCAACAUCAUGCAGUUGGAGGAGGCCAAGGAAGAAGGGGACACAGUGGAUAUUUCUACAGUAAUUGGCUCCUGCACCCUGUCAGAGGCCCGCUUCCUACUAGACCGUUUUUUGACUCUGGCCAUCAACAAGGGCCUGCAAGCUGCCCAGAAGGAAUCCCAGGUUAAGGUGAUGGAAGGCCGUCUGAAGCAGACGGAGAUCAACAGCGCUACCCAGAACCAGCUGCUGUUCCACAUGCUGAAGGAGAAGGCCGAGUUCAACCCCGAGCUGGACGCCCUGCUUGGAAAUGCACUGCAAGAACUAGGUAACAUACCUGUGGAGCAUGAGGAGGAGAGCAGCAGUGAUGAGUCAGUGCCGAGUCCUUCCACAGAUGGAGGCUCUUUGACGUCGGAAAAUAUCAAACUGUGCACCGAUAGCCGACCUAAAAAUAAGGCUCGCAGGAGAACCACCACACAGAUGGAGCUGCUGUAUGCCAGCAGCAGUGACCCCACCAUUGAUGUGCCAUCUGAAUUCCCCAGCCCUCUCCUACCAGUUUCCGGAGCCCAGGAUCAGGGCGUGAGCCCGGAGUGUGUGGGGGCAGCGAUUAGGGACAGAGAAGCAACUUCUCCUUCCUCAGGCUUGUCCGUUAAGCUGGGUAGCAUCUCUGCCUCAAGACCUCCCUCAGGGAUUGAGAGGAGACCACCCGACAGCACCCCCUCAACGCGGAGCAGGAUGUCUGACCGGGGGCAAACGGCGACAGACAAGUUCAAGGGCCAGGAGACAAAACAAGGUGUGAUCAACCCGGUUGCCGUCCCCAAGGGUAGCCGAGCUGCACCUCUGCUUUGUGUCUACAUGGCGGAGGGACACACCAAGGCUGUCCUGUGUGUGGACUCCACCGAUGACCUGCUUUUCACCGGUUCCAAAGACCGUACCUGUAAGGUGUGGAACCUGGUUACAGGACAGGAGAUCAUGUCCCUGGGAGACCACCCCAGCAGCGUGGUAUCUGUAAAGUACAGCUCCAGUCUGGUCUUUACCGUGUCCACGGCCUACAUCAAGGUGUGGGACAUCCGCGACUCCGCCAAGUGCAUCCGCACACUCACGUCCUCUGGUCAGGUAACCCCGGGCGAUACCUUUGUGACCAGCACCACUCGGACGGUCACUGUCCCGCCUGGAGAGAACCAGAUCAAUCAAAUUGCACUGAACCCUGCAGGGUCUUUCCUGUAUGCUGCAGCUGGGAACUCAGUCAGGAUGUGGGACCUAAGGAGGUUUGUAUCUACAGGAAAGCUCACAGGACACCUGGGGCCUGUAAUGUGUGUGUCAGUGGACCGGAUGGGGCAUGGUCAGGAUCUGGUCGUUACCGGCUCUAAGGAUCACUAUGUCAAGAUGUUUGAUGUGACCGAGGGGGCCCUGGGCAGCAUCUGCCCCACACACAGCUUUGAACCCCCCCAUUACGACGCUGUCGAGUCUCUGUGUGUGCAGGGAGACUGGCUAUUCUCCGGGUCCCGGGACAGUAGCAUCAAGAAGUGGGACCUGUCCCACAAAGUCCUGCAGCAGCAAGUGUCGACUGCGCAUCACGCCUGGAUAUGUGCGCUGGCCGUGGCGCCCGGUUCUCCUACGCUUCUCAGCUGCUGCCGGGGAGGCAUGCUGAAGUUGUGGCACGCCGACUCGCUGGCACCGCUGGGGGAGAUGAAGGGUCAUGAGAGUCCCAUCAACGGGAUCUGUGUCAACAGCAGCCAUCUGUUCACUGCCUCAGACGAUCAGACUGUGAAGAUUUGGGAGGUUCGGAGUGGAAUGAGCGACAUCACGACCUAGGUUAUGGAUAAACGACCCAAUUCUGGCCUGUGUCACAUGACCUUCAAACCGGCCAAGGGUAGUCCAGGGGUUAAAGCUGGCGUCACCCCUCAGUAGUGAUGAGUGUCUACACUCAAGCUCAGGCGUUCUUCAUGCCCAGGAAGAAAGAGAAUGAAUCUGAGCUGAUGGCUUCUGUGGAUCUCAUCAGACGGUCAUCUCCAGCAGCUCCAGGGAAUCUUCCAGCUUUGCUGAAUACAUUCCUGUUGAACCUGGUGCUGGAGUAUACAGUUCUGCUCAACGUGGUCCUCCCGAACAGGGUUCAUUUGACUACGAUCCCUCUGAAUAUGGUCUUCUAUUAGUUUGCGUUAUUUCACAAAUUGCUACCAUGGACCAUUAUUUGGAAUCCUGGAGCAGGUCUGCAGGAUUUUGUGCACAUGUUGUUCUUCUAGGUAUCAGCAUAUUCCAGUCUGAUGGCAGAACAGUCCUGGGAGUGUUUCUCAAACAUGGGCGUUAACUUACACCAUGCAGUUUAACGGUCAAACAUCUAGCUUCGAAAUCAGCAUGCCUAAUUGUUCCUUUGCAACAUAUUUCACUCCUGGGUGUUUUUCAGUGGGCUUUUACCUUUUUCAAAACCGUAGUGUCCAUGUCAGUGCUUCACACAUGUAUCUCUGAACAUAGUGGCUUUUCUGUAGGUUUCUGUUCGCUCUCAUUGUCCUAAAGUAUAUUAUCUCUGUAUGAGCCUGCUGAAACACUGGAUGGUUUCAUCUCAUGACCGUACUCUUGAGGUCUUUGUAACAGUAACCUUUGGACCGCUAACUUGAGCCCUAUACAGGUGGCUCUGAAAAAUGUACAGGCUGUAAGUAUUCAUGUGCCUCCAAUCCGUGUGCUGUCGAUGGUGGUUUUGGACUGUUUCUGGUAUUUGGUUUGACGAUGAUGAUUUCCAGAACUUCCAUGUGAUUCUUGAAGUGACUUUUAAGUGAUCAUGAUGUC